AUUACAACAAACGGAAAGUAACCUUUGUUUUGUUGUGGCGGCAUGGUUAAAUUAAAAGUUGAAUUUUAUUAGGUUUAUUCAACUAGUAUUGGUGUUAAAAAUAAUUAAAAUUUAAACUAUUCCCUUAGGCAUUAAUUGCACUUACUAUGGAAAGAGUGAAAAACUUAUGUGAAUUAAGUGUAAUCUGUAUUCUUAGAUAUCAUACACUAUUAUAAAGACGUAAAUACUGGUUGGAAGAUGAUGUUGCAAGAAAAUCUUGUGACCUUGGCAUGCGCAGUGGUUGCAGUGUCAAUUGGGAUUUUUAUUGUUUGGGGUCCAGAUGUGUACACCCCCAAGAAGAGAAAAGGGGCUGUGCUGGGGUUGGCUAACCUUGGCCAUACGUGCUUUCUCAAUACCCUGCUUCAAGCACUUGCUCCCUGCUUGCCGUUUGUCAGCUGGCUGUCGGAGCAACAGCAGCUUCAAGAUUCCAGCACCCUUACAUCAUCUCUAUCACAUGUUUUACUUGUGCUGAGUGGCAGGAUGGCAUCGGAUGAAGAUGUGCUAGUUCCCAGCAGAAUAAUUAGUUCCUUGGAGUCGCGCGGCUGGGCCUUGUCACCCGGCCAGCAGGAUGCACAUGAGUUGUUCCAUAAUUUCCUCACAACGUUGGAGGAAGAGACACAGCAGCUUUCCAGCAAGAAACUGUCUCUGGUGAACAUCUUGGAAGCCAGUGAAGAGGAGGCGGUUGCCGUUUCCCCACAGCUUCGGCGACGGAUGUGUCACGAACCAUCGAAGUUGGCGGUGUCACCUUUCCAAGGGCUUCUGACCAACCAGCUGCAGUGUGUGCAUUGCGGCCACAAGACGUCUCUCCGGUAUGACAAGUUUGACAGCUUAUCCCUGAACCUGCUGGAACAGUCAUCCUUGCAGAGCCAGACGUUGCCUCACCUGCUCGCCAAGUUCGUGUCCACGGAGAUGGUGAUGGGCGUGGCCUGCGAAGGGUGCGACGUACCUACUGCCACAGCCGUUGCCUUCAAGACCCUCAGGCUGGGCAAGCUGCCAUCCUGCCUCUGCUUGCAUAUCUCACGCACAACAUGGCAGGAUAGUGGGCAAGCAUUCAAGAGACUCGACUAUGUGGAGUUUCCCGAAAUGUUGAACAUGAAUCCAUACAUUUUCUCCUCUUCAGCCAAGGCAGUAAACUCCUCUGACAACAGUACGAAGCUGGAAAAGGAUGAUGUAUUACCCUCUCCAGAUCAUAUCAGAUUGAACCACAUGUACCAGUUGGUGUCUGUGGUUGUGCACUCGGGCAGUGCCACCAGUGGACAUUUCAUAACGUACAGGCUGAGUCACGGCACCAGAACAAGUUGGUGGUUCACCUCGGACACGGAGGUGCGUAGGUGCUCCCUCCCGGAGGUGAUGAAGUCCUGUGCGUACAUGCUGUUCUACGUCAAGUGCAGUUCGCUGCAGUAACAGGCCUGUGUUAGCUAGGACUCACGAGUGGUUUGCUGUGAAGAUUAGGUAGGCAAUAGUGAUGAAUUAUUUUUAUAUAUAAUUUAUUCUGAGUUACUUUUGCUGUUAAAGUCACAGAGUUAAACUAGCCAAUUUAGAAAACUGCUUAAUUCAGAAAAUAAUAUAAGUUUUAAUAGCUUUGCGAAAAAAUCUGAACACUCAUUAGGCUACAUUAAGGUAUGUCCACACCAGCAGUUUCUUUCCUGUGAUUGGUGACCAUCUGCAAGAGAAGCCAUUGCCCUGUUUGGCCGGGCCAUUCAGGACACAAUUGCUUCCACACUAAUGGCUGUGAUUUGUGAACCAACAGUUAACAUUUACCUGAAAGAAACUCGGCCUAUAACAAAAACAUAAACAAUGCAACAGUGUUUUAACUCUCGGCUAUUUUCGGUAAAAAUACAUGCUCCUAGUUAUAUCCAGAUAUGUGUAACACUGACUUUUGCAUAUGUACUUAGUUAAUGUGUAUUGGCAAGUCUGCUAAUACAUCAUUAAUUUUUUUUAUACAGCUAUCUGACAAAUUUGUUUUGUAGCUUCAAUAAAUUACUUGAUUUGAAUUAAGCUAAGCACAAAAACUGGGUAUUCGUGGAAAAGUUAUUCUGUUAUGCUCAAAAAAUUAGUUACAUUAAUUUAAUUAAAUCUAAAUGAUGUAUGAGUUAAAAAAUAAGGAUGUUAUCGAAGUUGACAGGUUGUAGAUAUUUCUUGUUCAUAGCCUUAUAUUAAUGAAGUGAAACCAACAAAUGUAAACUUGUAUCUGCUUUGUAACGUAUUAAUUUUUUUAUGGAAAAUAACAUUAAAGAAGCUCAAAUCAUGAA